AUGGCCACCCCGCCGAGCGGCGUUGAAGAUGUUUUUAGUGCAGUCUGCGUGCUGUUGGCUGGGAUAAACCCAGCAAUUGCCGUCCAGCGCAAUGGCAAGGUGAAAAAGGAGGGUCGCAGUUGGGAUGCGUGUAAAAAGUCACUGCUCGGUAAUAUCAAUGGCCUAGUUGACGAACUGAAGCAGUAUAAAGCUCUUAUAGAUAAAGAAUGUGUCCCAAAAAUUAAUUUUAAUGAGGUAAGACCAUACCUGCAGAUGGACCACUUCAAUGAAGAUGCAAUGAACAAAAAAAACUCAGCGGCAGCAGGCCUGGUAAAGUGGGUUGAGAAUAUUGUUCGUUAU